AUGAAAUUACAAGCGUUUAUCUGGAAAACAGGAGGCAAAGGCACCUGUUCUGUGUAACUGCUAUCCUGGGGAAUAACAUCAUCCUAUAAUGAAUGCAUAAAUCCUAUUUUGCAAGUCUGUUGCAAGGGAAGACAGUGCUUCUGCUGUUAUAACACAAGCCCCACAUCCACAAGAAGUAAAGCUCCACGUCCAUGUUUUCUGUUCUGCUUGAAUAUAUAGGACAUGUAUUGCAAUGCUAUGCUUGCCACACUGCUGCAGUAUACUUGUUUUGCAGUGCUCCAUAGCAGGCUAAGCACAGCUGGGAAUUACCAGCACCUUGGAUACAUAAUUUGAAAUCUCUGGCCUUCAUGCUGUUAUACGAUCCUUGUGAUUUUGGUGUGAGAAUGUGCAUAUUCCUGCUCACUGAGUGGCCAAAUCAUGUUUUUGGAUGCCGCUAGCAAUACGUUAGCCUUUUAAGAGUCUCAAUGCACGUUGUGUGGUGAACCAGAAGCGCAUCAUAGAGAUCAGAUGGGAGGGAGGCAGUGGACUUUAUCUGGACUUCCAAAAGGCAAUUGCCAUUGUACAACACAGGAAUAUUAACAAAUAUGGCAUUGAGGGAAAUAAACUGAAAUGGAUAGAAAACUGUCUUGGCGGAAGAAGACCGAAGAUCAACAGCAAUACUCAUGGUCACCUUCCCAGCAGUUCAAUGAAGAAAAAUAUUCGCCCGCCCUUAGGAGCAUGAAAGGAUUAUCUGGUAGUCGUAACCAAUCCCAGCUAUGCUCUGGACAUACAUGUGGUCUAGCUUCUGAGGAUUGUGAACAUGUGCAUGACCAUGUCCAUCAUGGGCAAGAGCCUAGGCAAUCAUAUCUCCUUAGCCCGACAGAGAGCUGUCAAAUGGACCAUCACCGUUGCUCACCACGGAGCUCCAUUCAUUCAGAAUGCAUGAUGAUGCCUGUGAUGAUGAGUGAUCAUAUGUCAAGUAGCACUUUUCCCAGGAUGCACUAUAGUUCACACUUCGAUACCCGAGAUGACUGUGCUGUGACACAUACUAGUAGCAGUAAAAUAAAUAGAAUUCCAGCUAAUCUAUUGGAUCAAUUUGAAAAGCAGCUUCCUCUACAUAGGGAUGGAUUUCACACCUUACAAUAUCAAAAGACAUCCACCGCUACUGAACAACGAACAGAAAGCCCAGGGAGGAUAAGACAUCUUGUUCAUUCAGUUCAGAAACUUUUUACAAAAUCUCACUCUUUGGAAGGUUCAUCAAAAGGAAAUGUCAAUGGUACAAAAGGAGACAGCCGAGAUGAUCACCAUCAUAGUCACUACUCAAAGCAUAGCAAGAGGAGUAAAAGUAAGGAACGAAAACCUGAUAGCAAGCAUAAAUCUGGGAUGACAGGUUGGUGGAGCUCUGAUGAUAAUUUGGACAGUGAUAGUACUUAUCGAACAUCUAGUGUAAUGAAUAGGCAUCAUGCUGAUCACAUAUCUCAUUGUUAUCCUGAAAAUCUUCAGGGCCACUUUGGAGAUCUUUCCCUAAAAACAUCUAAAAGUAACAAUGAUAUGAAAUGUUCCGCAUGUGAAGGGCUGUCCAUGACACCUGAAGGUAAAUUUAUGAAAAGGAGUUCCUGGUCUACACUUACUGUAAGCCAAGCUAAAGAAGCUUAUCGCAAAUCAUCACUGAACCUGGAUAAGCCUCUAGUUCAUCAAGAAAUCAAAUCUUCCUUGCGACCAUGUCAUUACCUUCAGGUGCCUCAAGAUGAAUGGGGAGGGUACCCAUCAGGUAGCAAAGAUGAAGAGAUUCCCUGUCGGAGAAUGCGAAGUGGAAGUUACAUAAAAGCCAUGGAGGAAGAUAGUGGAGACUCUGAUACAAGCCCUAAAACAUCUCCUAAAAUCUCACCAAGGCCAGAGCCUUUGUUAAAAUCAGUCGGACAGAGAUCCCAUGUGGAGGUUCAGAACCAGAGCUACCUACAAGCUGCAAGUGAAAUGCCUCCUGGCCAUAUCCUGGACCCAUCAGGGAAUUACAAUUCUCCUAAAUUUCGUUCUCGAAACCAGAGUUAUAUGAGAGCUGUCAGCACACUCAGUCAGGCCAGCUGUGUCAGUCAGGAUUUCCUCAUUGAAAGUCUGCAAGAAUGCUUUACCUCAAAGGAAUAUCCUGAGAUCAAGAUGGCUGAGACAGAAAUAAAUGGGCAAUACGAGUCGGUAAAUGAGUCAGUUUUCAGUGAAAUGGAUUCACAUGCAGUAGAUGCUUUGGACCUCCCAGGAUGCUUUCGAACAAGGAGCCACAGUUACUUAAGAGCUAUACAGGCUGGUUAUUCCCAGGAUGAUGACUGUAUCCCUGCUAUCACUACUUCCAAUGUCACCUCAUCUACUAGGUCAACAACAGCUGCUACAUAUGCGAAUUACAAAAAAACACCUCCACCAGUCCCACCACGCACCACCUCAAAACCACUUAUCUCAGUGACAGCACAAAGCAGCACAGAGUCUACCCAAGAUGCCUAUCAUGACAGCCGGACUCAAAGGAUAUCACCAUGGCCUCAUGAUGGGAGGGGACUUUACAAUUCCACAGACAGCCUUGACAGCAACAAGGCCAUGAAUCUUGCCCUGGAAUCUGCUGCAGCACAUCGCCAUGUCUCAGAGAUUAAGAGCAGCUCUGUAAAAAGCACCAGCGAUAAAGCUGUUCUAGUAACAAAAUCAGAUGACUUCCUUAAGAAGAGGCGAUCCUCAAUAGGAAUUCAGGUGGAAGCAGCAGACUCUGACUCUGAGAGCAAAGGACAUCGGGAAUAUCAUUCUGUGGGAGUGCAGGUGGAAGAUGAGAAAAGGCAAGGACGUUUUAAACGGUCAAACAGUGUGACUGCAGCUGUGCAAGCCGACCUUGAGUUAGAGGGAUUCCCAGGACAUGUCACAAUGGAGGACAAAGGCUUACAGUUUGGAUCUUCAUUUCAGAGACAUUCUGAACCUAGUACUCCAACCCAGUAUGGUGCAGUAAGAACAGUACGGACUCAGGGAUUGUUUAGCUAUAGAGAAGAUUAUAGGAUGCCAGACACAUCAAAUCUACCACCACCAGACCCAUGGCUUGAGCCUUCUCAUGAGGCAGUGGAUUCUGGUAGAAUAUCCCCUAGUAGACAAGAUGGUACAUGGUUCAUGAAGCUGCUUCAUGCAGAAACUAAAAGAAUGGAAGAAUGGUGUAAGGAUAUGGAGAGAGAAGCAGAGGAGAAUGACCUCACAGAGGAAAAUCUAGGUAAAAUCAGGAGUGCAGUUGGAAGUGCACAGCUUCUGAUGUCUCAGAAGUUUCAACAAUUUUACUGGCUUUGUCAGCAGAAUAUGGACCCAAGUGCCAUGCCCAGACCAACCUCCCAAGAUCUAGCAGGAUUCUGGGACCUGUUGCAGCUCUCCAUAGAAGAUGUAAGCAUGAAGUUUGAUAAACUGCAUCAGUUAAAAGCCAAUGAAUGGAAAGCAGUUGAUUCUCCUGAAAAGAAGGAUGACAAAAAGCUCCCACUUCCUAUACCAAAGAAACCCACCAGAGGAAAAUUCCCCAUCACUAGAGAAAAAUCUCUUGAUCUACCUGACCGACAAAGACAAGAAGCAAGAAGAAGGUUAAUGGCUGCCAAAAGAGCAGCGUCAUUCCGGCAAAAUUCAACAAGUGAGCGAGCAGACAGCAUUGAAAUCUAUAUACCCGAAGCCCAAACAAGGCUUUAAGUACUGCAACAUUUUCAUUUUUUUUUAAUAGAUAAAGACAUGCUUGUACAGUUUGUAACACACCUUAUAAUUUGAGCCCCUAUCUCUCUACUAAAUAUGCCCUCGUUGUUGUGUUCUUUGUGCCAUAAGCGCAGUGGAAUGCUUUUAAGUUUUUUUUUUUUUAAUUUCUUCAGAAUUUGCAAAACUCAUUGCAAAACUUAUUUUGUAUCUCAUGCCAGACAUACAACCAACUACAUGCAUAGGGCUUGAUCUGACCUAGUUUCUCCAACAUGUUCUCAAGGACAACAAGAAAAACCUCUCAAGAUGGAACCAAGCUUAAAAUUCUUGCUUAUUUCUAUUUUUAUAAAUCACUUGAUAAUUAGGAACGAUGAUUAAACAAACAAAAGACUAAUGGGUACAUCUCAGCCCCUCACCAGAGGCAUUAGUUAUUCCAAGUAGAAGGUGCUACUAAUGUGACGUGCAGGAAAGAAAGGAUAUUUUACUUGUUGACCUCCGGUUCCUUUAAGUUGCAUCAAUGGAGAUAUAUACCUAUGCUGCUGCUCCCUAGCACUGCUAAAUCCUAAUCACAAUUUCAUCUCAAGACCCUGGGUCUGAACAAACAUCUGCCAUAUUACUAAACUCCCAAAGCUUUUGGUUCCACAGAAGAUUUCAUUCCAAUUCCAUGUGGUGGCAUUGUGUAUGGAACCUGGCUAGAUGCACCUCUGCAAUCAACAGUGUCUCAAAUUAGCUGCUCAUUAUCAGUGCAAGAGCACUCGAGGGGAAGGGUGGGGACAAGAAAAGAAAGUGAAUGCCUUAAAUGAUCUUUUUUCUUAGACAUAUGGCUCAUUCCUUUUGGUUUACAUUUUGUUUGAUGAAUUCUUUUAAUAGAUAUACAACUUAAAUAUGUGCAGUGUAUGCUAUUUAACCCACAAAGCUAUAUUUAUUAUGUUGCUAGGGCAUCCUUGGAAAAAAAAUGUUUGCUGUUAUACCAGUUGUGACGUAGUAACCAUUUUAAAAAAAAUCUUAACUAUCAGUGGGUAAUAUAUGGUUCUUUUAAGGUACAGUAAUGGUGAAAUGUGCUUUACAUCUGUAUUUAUUUUCCUCACUUCAUUUUUCCUGGAAGUGUCAGCUAAAGCUUGUUUCUCCCAUUCUCAUUUAAUGUGACAAGAGAGCAAAACAUGCACUCAUGAAAUCUAUGAAACGUAGCAUAUUUUAUGGUGUUUUUCAUGAACUGUAUGCAAAAUAUAAAGAGGAACCACUGAACCUCAGCAUUAUUAUUAUUAUAGACAUUUCAGUUUUACUUCAGAAUUUCUAGAGCUUUUUUUUUUUUCCUUUUAUUUCUUUGUCAUAGAACUUCCCACUGUCUUUAUAACUAAUUAACAGAAAGGGCUCAUAUAUCCAAGCUGUAACCUAGUUCUGGUAUCAGGGAAAAUAGACAUAGGAAUUUCUAUCUAUUUCUUAAAAAACUGGAAUUUCUAUAAAGGGUUACUGACCCUCAGAAUCCCUCAGAAUUUAGGCCAUGCUUUCCUGUAAAGUUUUAGGAACCAUCCAACAGAUUUGGGACCUUAUACAAUAUGAGCAUGCCUACCCCGUUUAAGCACCAAACUCUUUGUUAUGUCAAUGCCUUGAAGCAACUUUAGCUUAUGGUAUAGCCCAGCCUGGUUACUAAGGCAUUAAGCUACUUGUUUCUGGUGUCAAAUACAUAUCUAACAUAUCUAACAGCUGUGAUCAAACUGGCAGCUUUAUUUCGGCUUUUAUAAAACCAAGUAGACACUUGCCGGGGAAUCAGGCAGCAUUUUCCCAAUCGCACAUUUUGCCAGAAAAAAAUGAAGUAUAAGCUUUCACUAUAGGUGGCCAAGACAAGGCAUAUGCUAUGUUAAUUUGAUAAUAUGAGAAUGCAGCAAAGGAAUUUGCAGGGUAUUCCACAACUGGACCUAUCUGGGGGUUUUUUUAGCAGUAAAAAGUACUGGGGCUUGCUUCAUGCCACAUGCCCAGCUUGGUCCUAACUACCCAAACGCUGCGUAACUCCGCUGCUGCAUACACUGCAUACAUCCUCACAUGCUACAUCAGGCCAUGUCAGGAAAUGUAGUCACCUAGGCAGCACUAGCCUUAAAAAAAUAAUGUUAUUUUCUGGACACUUGAGUAUCUGAUGGUAUUUGUCAUGAGAAAUCAUAUCUAAACAGUGUAGUUUGAUCAAGUGCUUCCAUGCUAUUACUAAAUAUGCAGGUGAAUUACAAAGGAAGGUAAUUCCAUGAACAGAAAAGUGUACACAACCAAAUUAAUCAAAUGCAAAAUAAUCUAUUUACUUUUACACAACUACUGCAUUACUCUACCCUGUAAGCCAGUCGUUUUCACCCUGUGUAUCUAAACCAAACUCCCCCACCCCCGAGGGGCCCAGAGCAGUGGCUGGGGGCAAUCAGUAGGCUCCUUAUGAGUGAUAUUUAGGAGGUACACUUAUGGCCAAAUUAUAUGUUUUCAUUUAUCUGUAAGCUUGUUAUAAGCUAAGGGAGCCCUGACAAAAUGUUGGGCCUGAAAGAGGUGCUUAAACCAAAAAGGUCUGAACUUACUGCUGCAGUCUAUCAGGUCUUUGGAUCUGUUCAAAUCUAUCAAGAUAUAUCAAGCCACUUUGUGGCUUGACUUGCUUUCCUUCAUUAUACUGGUAUGGGAUCUGUUAUCUGAAAACCCAUUAUCUAGAAAGCUGUAAAUUACAGUAAGGGCAGCUCAUAUAGACUUCAAUUUAAUAAAAUAAUUCAAAUUUUAAAAAAAACGUUUCCUUUUUCUCUGUUAUAAUAAAACAGAACCUUAUACUU